AUGCGACGAGGCGCGAGUGGCGCACUCGCGCAGAGUCUCGGGAAUGUGCACACGGGCGAUGCGCGCGAUGCGUGGAUGGGCAUUGCGCGUGCCUUUCCACGCACCAGCGGCGCUACGCCGAAACUCGCGAUUUCCGGCGCCCCGACGCCGCCAUGCGCCGCGCCGCUGAUGCCCAGCAAAGCGGCGAUGGACGAGGUGGUCGGCGCGCUGAUGCUCGGCACGCUUCACCACUGCCCGCUGCAGCGGCUGUACCGUGCUGUGCAGGAUGUGUGUGCGCUGCAGGAUACCGCGGCGAUGCAGCAUGUGUACAAUACAUCCGUGGCGCGCCUGCGGCGUCUCCUCGACGCAGAAGUCGAUGCGUGUUUGAAGCGCACGCCGCCGAAUAAUGUCGCACUGCACCUUGAGUGCAUGUGGCAGUCGUACGUAGCGAAGCUCGCGCGUGUCGAGCAGCUGCUUGCGCCGCUCCUUGGCGGUGCGUGGUACGCCGCCAAGGUCGGCACGUCGCUCGAGUCUGUGUGCUUUGCGCACCUGCAGCGCCAGCUCCAAGUGCUCCGCGUAGAGCCAGUGCUCAUGCAGAGUGUCUGCGCGGUGGCGCAGCAGCUGCGAGAAGCGCCGCACGAGACAAGCCUCGUGCGCUCGCUGCAAAGCGUGCUGCGCAUGCUCCGCGCGCUGGGCCUGUACGAGCGUGUGUGUGGUAUGCUGGCGGCACAGGCGUCCGCAUAUUAUACGACACUAGCGCAUGAAUUCUACGAAACGGAUCCAGGGGCGCACAUCAGUGCCAUGUACGCAUGCAUCCUGUGCGAAGACGCGUGGAAAGACUGGCUGUACGGCGCAGAGGCAGAGCGUGUGUUGCAAGCGAUGCAGCGCACGCUUGUGUCGGAGCAUGUCGCGCAGCUUACUGGCCUUGUACCACUGCUGGCUGAGCAGCACGCUUACUCGACGUGCUCGAUGCUCUAUCACCUCCUCGCGCGCUCCGACGUGCUCGAUGCGCUGCGCGCGGCGCUGCGCGACUAUGUACACGAGCGGGGUAUGGCGCUGGUCCAAGGGGCGCAAGAUACCAUGAUGGAGCGCCUUGUUGCGUUCCAGGACGAGACGCGCGACCUCUGGGCCGAGGGGUUGCAGCAUGAUCGCACCAUGCAGCACGCGAUCCGCGAUACGUUUGAGGCGGUGGUCAAUGCGCGCGGCGGCAAACCUGCCGAGCUCCUCGCGCAGUAUAUCGACGUCAAGCUGCGCGGCGGCAACAAGAUCAUGUCGGACGUGCAGCUGGAGCAGUGCAUGGACAAUGCGCUCUCCCUCUUUCGCCACAUGCACGACAAAGACAUGUUUGAGGAGUUUUACAAACGUUGUUUUGCGCGGCGCUUGCUCCUCUCGCGCUCUGCGUCCGACGAAGCGGAGCGCUCCAUGCUGCUGAAGCUCAAGCGCGAGGCGGGCCCCGACUUUACCGAGAAGCUGGAGACGAUGCUCAAGGAUAUGCAGCUUUCCAAUGGGCUCAUGGCCGCCUUCUCCGACCGCGACACGCGCCUGCCGUUUGACUUUGACGUGCAUGUCCUGACCCAGGCGCACUGGCCGACGUUUCCCGACGUGCACGUAGCGCUGCCACCGCCCAUGAUGGACGCCAUGCACGACUACGAAGCGUUUUAUGCCACUGUCCAUUCCGGCCGCUCGCUCUCCUGGCGGCACGCCUUGGGCUACCUGGUCGUCACCGUCGACCUCGGCAAGGCCGGCGUGCGCGAGCUGUACAUUAGCACGUUCCAGGCCGCCGUCUUGUUUGUCUUUAAUCACGCCAAGCGCGGCGAAGCGAUCGGCUACGAGACGAUCCGCGCGCAGACGCAGCUGGAGCCGAGCACGCUCAAGCGCACGCUGCAGAGCCUCGCGAGCGGUGCCAUCCCGACGCGUGUGCUGCGCAAGCAUCCGCAAGGAAGGGACGUGCUCGAAAGCGAUACAUUUACCAUCAACGAGGCGCUCAAGAACGACCGCAAGCGGAUCCGCAUCAACCAAAUCCAGUACAAAGAGACGGCAGAGGAACAGCGCACCACGGAAGAGCGUGUAUUCAUCGACCGUGAGCUGAUUCUGCAGGCUGCCGUGAUGCGCAUCCUCAAAGCGCGCAAGACCAUCGCUCACACAGAGCUCAUGCACGCUGUCGUGCAGCAGAGCAAGCUGCGCUUUGCCGUCGACGCAUCCGAGCUAAAGAAGGCGUUUGAGCGGCUGAUUGAAAAGGACCUUAUGGAACGCGUCGAAGGAGAGCGCGGGGUGUAUAGAUACGUCGCAUAG